GCGAACCUUCCCAACGAAGCGGACUUCAUCUUGCGCGUCAACCCACCAAGAGAAAUAUACCAUGUCCUCCGUAUCAGUCAUAGAAGCAAAGUUGGAAGCAGAAUCCCGAGCUUUUCAAGAACUUCAAAAAGAGCUCACCAAGGUCAUCGAGUCAAGACAACGUCUCGAUUCGCAGCAACAAGAAAACGAAAUAGUGUCCAAAGAAUUCGAGUUAUUGGAUGACGAAGCAAAUAUCUAUAAACUCAUUGGCCCUGUUCUCGUCAAGCAAGACAAAGGAGAAGCAGCGGCUAACGUCAAGAACCGAUUGGAACUCAUCAGCAAUGAAAUUAAGCGCGUGGAAGGCCAGUUGAAAGACCUGACGGAGAAAUCAGAGAAGAAGAAAAGUGAGAUUGCACAGUUACAGAUGCAGUAUCAAGAGCUUGCUCAGAAAUAAACCAACAAAAGAGCGUGUUAAUUAAGGAAGUGAUGCCUGAAACGUUUCCUUUUUGGGAGUUUACUACACUAUUGAAUAUAAAAAGGCUUCGGCUUUGACUUUUCAACAACUCACUACUCUACAGUAUGCCUUGCCGUUGUGGAAAAGUACGGAUCACAUUUUUCACGGUAUCCUUUGAAUCCCCAUGAUUCAACUUAUUCCACAAAGGUAUUCUGCCUUCUCUUGAUAGAUAAGUUCUAGACUGUAGAAAAUGAUAUUCCGUCCCCGAUCAUCAUUAAAAACUCAAAAUAAAUCCUCAUCAGAUCCAGCCCAGAUCCUGGUCUCUUUUCUUAUCCUGUUAUGAACGCCGUUCAAGCCUAGACUUGUCCGCAUUACAGCGGAAAACGUAUAAAAGUAUCGAACCUGUCG